AUGGCAGGAUUGACAAAAUUAGUUAAUGUGUCCCAGAGCAUAAAAGUCUGCUGUGCAGCACUUGGAAAUUUGUCGCUACAAAACACAACAAGAAAUUUUGGAUCCCUGCUAAGGACACAACAACAAGUACAAUCACAACUAUGCGCCAGUGCUGUGGCAUUGAAGGGCCGUCACUUCUCCACCAGCCAGCCAAAAAGUGAUUUAAUGCAAUUCUUCGAUGAUCCCAAAAAUUGGCCGGAAAAUGAGGUUAAAGUUGGUAGAGCUUGGAAGUUGGAUGAGCUACGCAUUAAGUCCAAUAAAGAGUUGCACCAGUUGUGGUAUGUCCUGCUUAAGGAACGUAAUAUGUUGCUGACCAUGGAACAUGAAUGCAAUGAGAAAAUGGAAUUGUUUCCCAGUCCCGAACGUUUGGAUAAAGUGAAAAUAUCCAUGGAGAAUUUGGAAACAGUUGUGCGGGAGCGUAAUAAGGCGUAUCAUUUGUUGGAAACCGGUGAAACGGGAGAGAGACCACAACGUUUGGUGGCCAACAAUUUGGGUAUACGUUACAUGUAUAAAUCUGUUGAACACGUCCUGCCACCAUUUAUGAACGUUAGAUGGAUUAAGACCCGUUCCAUAGGCUAUGGUGGUCGUGCUGUGCGCAAAUUCUUACUGAAAUAUCGUGAAAAACUUUAUAACGAAAAGCGCAAGGCCAAGAAUCGUUCCCGCAACGAGGUUAUGAUGUUGCUGCGUCGCAAUCCCAACAUGGAUGUUGAUUUCCUGAAACGCAAAUUCCCCAAUGUUAAUAUAGAUAAAUUGAAAGAAUCGGAUAAAAUCCGUGGCCAUUAUGUACCCAAUAUAUAAGUAC